AUGAGCAUAUUAAACGUUGUGAUUGUUUCAGUACCAAAAUCUAUAAAAGUGGUCCCCGGUGCAGCGAUUAAACAUCUCAAAACAUUCGGUGAAGCGGAGGAUUUGCCCGAUGGGUGCGUAAAAAGGGUGCCUGAACUGAGCAGCUGGCUUGGAAAGCUGUUCAAAACAGCUCCAGCAUCAGCUGGGCAUAUCGCCGAAAGGCGCAAAGCUGUAGUUGCAUGGCUGAAGCGAAACCAGAUCAAUGUGACGAACAACGAAGAUGGUUCGAUGACUGUUUUGGAUGUUGCUCGAAUUGUCGAACCAUACACUGCUGAUGAUUGCAUUUCUGUGAAUCCAUUCAUUUUGAAGAGGUUGAAAAAAUUAGUGGGGAAAAUGCCUGAAGCGGACUCAUUGUGA